CUGGCGGAUGACCUACUCUUAACUGACGAAGAUCUCAGCUUCUACUUUUACUGCAGUGUGGAUCAAGGAUGCUUCUUUAAAGACUUUACAAAGGGUCUCAAGAUUUUUAUCUGAAUGGACUGAACUUUUCACAUGUUAUCCAAUGCUCUUAGGAGCGUACAUGAAUUUAAUUACUUGAACUGCUAAGUUGAAUGCUGGAUGAGACAAGAUCAUACACUUUUUAGUUUUUCACAGCGAAUGAUUAAUUUUUUAUAUCGCUUGAUUAAAAUAAGUCUCGUUCGCAGCUCUGUUUACUCCAGAACAUACGUUUCACCACGUUUAAUUUCGGACCAGGAGUCAAGAAGCUUCACUAUGACCUUCUCGUGACGGGACUGCAUACAGAGCACACUGGGUCUUAUUGACUGUAAAAAGACAUUGAAACUUUGACUUUAUUUUGGGGAUUUCCGAGCUGACAGUAAACAUUGUCAUGACUCCCUUACGAAACCAACAUGUUUUUUAAACGUUUUUGCCUUUUAACAGUUGACUGUUAACAAUUCGUGAGUAAGAAAAAACACCGAAGACAAUCGGUUCGAAGUAUAUUUGUUACAACCGAAGCGACUGACUCGUCUUGCUUUUCAAGACGUGAAAACGGAUCGUAAUCUCCUCCCCGCGCAAAGGAGUCCCACUCUGUCUGUUGUUUAACAAAAGUGUGACAGGAUAGCAUGGCAAUGGUAGUAAACCAGUGGCAAGAGAACAUUUCGGCGGAUCCCGGGUCCCAACUGCAGAUUUGCAGUCAGGAGUCUGGAGGGACACCGGGAACACCCUCUGGUUCAACUCCAGGGAACGAUGCACUUUCUGGGGACAAAAUCCCUAAUGUGGACUGCAUGGUAUGUGGGGACAAGUCCAGUGGCAAACAUUAUGGUCAGUUCACCUGUGAAGGCUGCAAGAGCUUUUUCAAGCGUUCAGUUCGACGGAACCUGAGUUACACCUGCCGGGGUAAUCGCGACUGUCCAAUCGACCAACAUCAUCGCAAUCAGUGCCAAUACUGCCGCCUGAAAAAGUGUUUAAAGGUUGGCAUGAGGAGAGAGGCUGUCCAGCGAGGUCGUACAUCCAAUUCACAGUCAAGCCCAGGCCAAUAUCUGACCAAUGGAAGUGACCCCUACAACGGCCAGCCUUACCUAUCCGGCUUCAUCUCUCUCCUAUUGCGAGCAGAACCCUAUCCCACAUCUCGCUAUGGAGCUCAAUGCAUGCAGUCCAACAACCUAAUGGGUAUCGAGAACAUAUGUGAGCUAGCAGCCCGACUGCUGUUUAGUGCCGUGGAGUGGGCCAAGAACAUCCCCUUCUUUCCAGAUCUACAACUCAUGGAUCAGGUGGCUCUUCUGCGCAUGUCAUGGAGUGAGCUCUUCGUGCUUAACGCCGCUCAAUGCUCCAUGCCUCUUCACGUAGCACCCCUGUUAGCCGCCGCUGGCCUGCACGCCUCGCCCAUGUCUGCCGAGCGCGUGGUGGCCUUCAUGGACCAUAUCCGCGUCUUCCAGGAGCAGGUUGAAAAGCUGAAGGCCCUGCAGGUAGACACAGCAGAGUACUCCUGCCUGAAGUCCAUCGUCCUCUUCACCUCUGAUGCCAUGGGUCUGUCUGAUGUUGCUCACGUUGAAAGCAUCCAGGAGAAGUCACAGUGUGCUCUGGAGGAGUAUGUGCGGAACCAGUACCCCAAUCAACCCAACCGCUUCGGACGGCUGUUGCUUCGCCUUCCCUCGCUGCGCAUCGUCUCCUCGCCCGUCAUCGAGCAGCUCUUCUUUGUACGAUUGGUGGGGAAAACACCCAUUGAGACCCUGCUGAGAGACAUGCUCCUGUCCGGCUCCAGCUACAACUGGCCCUACAUGCCUGUCCAGAGGGACCGCCCUAUCUCCCUCCACUACAAUGAAAACGGGCCUUGACCACACCUGUCGCUGCAGCCACAGCCCCCCCCCCCCCCCCCCCCCGCUCUGUGGGGGGGGCCAAUAGAAAGACUUGGUUAACUGGCUGCUCCCUUCUUUCCAUCCACUUCACUACAUGCAAUUUCCGAUGCACCAGCCAUUCAUUCCAUUAAUGGGAAUGAAACCCGCCUUUCAUAAUGGUCUUGCAGAAUCUUCACCCGUUUCUCGAAGACUUAAUCAACUUUUUGAACAAGAAAUUGGCUGCUGCAGUGUCAGUCUUAAAAAAAAAAGAAAAAGGCCACGUCUUCAGAAGGCCGCUACUGAUUUUGAAGAAACCUGAAGCCA